CAAGGGAGGAGUUUAGACCAAGUUGGCACUGGAGGAGUGCUUUCUCUACUGCCUAUGGCUUGGUGCCUUACUCUGCACAGAUCUUUCUGGAAGCUGGAGGAAGACUGACACUCAGAGGAGCUACCCUGGACAAGGGGUUGGAAUCCCUUGAGCUAACAGGACAAGAAGGACAUUUUCCCAAGCAGCAACUUCUGGACUGUGGCUGAGGCCUCACCAAAGAGCCCUAACUGCUAAGCACCCCUCCCUCUGGGGUGUGCCCUGCCCCUCCCUGACUCACACCAAGGAGAGAGGGGAAAAGGGAAGAAAGGAGAGGCUCUGACUACAGAAGGACAAGGAAGCAGAGGAGGAGGAGAGAAGCCACAUAGGAGUGGGGGACAGAAAAGACCAGAGAGGUCAGACUUAGGGCAACUCUAGGACUGGGGGAGAUCAAGAGAGGGCAGGCUGAGCAUCCCAAGGAGUGCCCCAGCACAGAACCCAGGGGCGGGGAGCCAAGGGGGCGGGACGGCUAUGUCCCACGGGACCUACUAUGAGUGUGAGCCUCGGGGUGGCCAGCAGCCACUCGAGUUCUCAGGGGGUCGAGCUGGGCCCGGGGAGCUGGGGGACAUGUGUGAGCAUGAGGCCUCCAUCGACCUCUCUGCCUACAUCGAGUCUGGGGAAGAACAGUUACUUUCUGACCUCUUUGCCAUGAAGCCAGCACCUGAAGCCCGAAACCUUAAGGGCCCAGGAACUCCUUCGUUCCCCCACUACCUGCCGGCUGACCCUAGGCCAUUUGCUUAUCCCUCACAUACAUUUGGCCAAGAUAGGAAGGCUUUGGGGCCUGGCAUUUAUGGUAACCCAGGGAGCUACGACCCCAGGGCUGUGGCGGUGAAGGAAGAGCCUCGUGGGCCAGAGGGUACCCGAGGCACCAGCCGAGGCGGCUACAAUCCCCUGCAGUACCAAGUGGCACACUGUGGGCAGACAGCGGUGCACCUUCCCCCGGCCCUGGCAGCACCUGGCCAGCCCCUACGCGUCCUCAAGGCCCCUGUGGCUGCUGCAGCCCCUCCCUGCAGCCCGCUUCUCAAGGCACCAUCCCCAGCUGGGCCCUCACACAAGGGCAAGAAGGCAGUGAACAAAGAUAGCCUCGAGUACCGGCUGCGUCGCGAACGCAACAACAUUGCAGUGCGCAAGAGCCGGGACAAGGCCAAGAGGCGCAUUAUGGAGACACAGCAGAAGGUGUUGGAGUACAUGGCUGAAAAUGAGCGCCUGCGCAGCCGUGUGGAGCAGCUCACCCAGGAGCUAGACACCCUUCGCAACCUCUUCCGCCAGAUCCCUGAGGCUGCCAGCCUUAUCAAGGGUGUGGGGGGCUGCAGCUGAGCCUGGCGGACUGUGGAUACCAGACCCUGAGGACCCCCACCCUCCUUGGUCCCCAGAGUCCUGAACAGGCCAUGCCUAAAAGAGGGAUCAUGGACAAUGGCAGCCAGUAGCUGGGAAGGUCGGGACCAUAAAGAUUCUGUGGCUGAAUAAACGGCAGUGUGACUUGA